GUUUUGGUUUUGGUUUUAAUUUUGGUUUUGGUUUUAAUUUUGGUUUUGGUUUUAGUUUUGGUUUUGGUUUUAAUUUUGGUUUUGAUGGAGGUCCUCGACCGCCUUGACCUCCACGUCCCAUUCCUUUAGGUUUUGUAAUCAAUGGCCUUCUUUCAGCUGGACUUUUAAUAACGUCCGCAGGAUUCUCCAUAUCUUGAAACUCUUGUAGGUUUUGACGUGCUCUUACCAGAUUUCCUUUCACGUCAUCUCGACGGAGAACUAUCUUGAUAAGAACUGGUGGCAAACAACUGAAUACCUCUUCCAGUUGUUUUGAUUUUCGUUCAAAUUCUCCUGGGUCUUCCUCUUCCUUCUCCAGCCUUUCUUGCUCGUUCUUGUCGACAUCAGAUGAAAAACCCAAUUCCUUAUCAACAUUCUUCUCAACUGUUUCACAAACUCCAUCAUCCUCUUUGUCAGCAAAGUCACUAACAUUAAAAGAACCAAGAUCUUCAUUUCCUUCUUCUCCUUGUUGUUGUUUUUGUUAUUUUUCUUCUUUUUCCUCCUCCUCUUUUUCUUCUUCUUUCUCUACUUCUUUCUCCUCUUCUAUUUCUUCUUCUUUUUCCUCGUCUUUCUCUUCUUCUUCUUCUUCUCCUUCUCCUUCUUUUUCUUCCUCUUUCUCUCCUUCUUCUUCUUUUUUUUCUUCUUCUUCAUCUUCGCUGUCUGUGAAUGA